GGACAAGGGGCGGGCGGCCGCGCCCCGCCGCCCCCCCAGCGGUGAGUCACCAGGGCGGGGAGGCCGGGCCCGCAGCGGCACAGCCCCAGCCCCGCUCAUUGUUCCGCCCGCUCCCGGCGCCAUGGACGAGCUGGACCAGUCGCCCCUGGUCUCAUCCUCCUCCUCCGGGCCCCCGCGGCCGCAGCAGCCCCAGUUCAAGUACCAGUUCGUGCUGGACGACGAGAAGGAGGAGGAGGAGGAAGAGGAGGAGGAGGACGAGGACUUCGACGAGCAGCUGGAGGUGAUGGAGAGGAAGCCGGCCCCGCCGCCCGCCGCAGCCCUGCCCGAGCGGCCGCCGCAGCAGCUGGAGCUGAGCGGCCCCACCGAGCCGCCCCGCCCCGCUGCCCCCGAGCCGCCGCAGCCCGGCUGGAGCCCCGCGGCCGCCCUCUCCUCCUCCUCGUCCUCUGCCGCCACCACGCCGUCCCCUGCCCAGGAGCAGACCCCGGCCCCCGGCCCGCCCCCGGCGGAGCCCCCCGCGGCCCGCAAGAGAGGAGCCUCGGGUUCGGCCGAUGAGACCCUUUUUGCUCUUCCUGCUACAUCUGCGCCUCUGAUGCACUCCUCUGCAGAAAAAGUUAUGGACUUGCAGGAGCAGCCAGGUAGCACUAAGUCACUUGGUCAAGAGGAUUUUACUGCAGUCCCGCUUGAUACUGCUGCUUCUCUUCCCUCCUCCUCUCCUCUCUCAGCUGAUCCCUUUAAAGAGCACGCAGCCUUUGAUAAACUCUCAGAUGGAUUACCUGCAAGAGGCAUUUACAGAGAAAAUGCAAGUGAGGUUUGUAAAGAAACAAUGGAAAACAUAAGAAAUCCAUUUCUUGCCGAGGGAAACAAAGACAUUUCCAAGAUGAAAUACUCAGAAAUGGAACCCCCAUUUGCUAAAGCAGAAGCAGCCAUUUUAUCUCAAGCUGAAGAAGAAAUGCAGCUAGAGGGCCCUAAAGAAUUAUGUAACCUGGAGAAAAUGCCUGUACAGCAGCUGAAAAUGUCUCCAGAAACUCGUGAAGAUUUUUCUGAGAAAAUUGAGGAAGAUGUAUUUUAUAACAAAGACAAGUACAGAGGUGGUGAUUAUGGUGAAAAGGGAGCAUUGAAAAAAGACACUAUUCAGAGGGAAGAAUACGUAGACUUCAAACCAUAUGAGUCAAUAUGGGAAUUAAAAGGUGCUAGUCACGGACUGAGCAGCUUGAGAGAGGAUGUUGGAAGUAAGAUAGAUGGCACUGUGGAAAGCAGUUUAGAUGACAAAUAUGGUGUAGAUAAGCUGGUGGUGCAGAAGGAUUAUGAAAGAGAGAGUGAAGGCAGUGCUGAAGAUCUCUCCUUCCCAAGUACCCCAGAAGCUGUAAAAGAACCUUCUCAGACUUACAUCACUUGCACUAAAUUUGAAUCCUCUAAAACUCCUGAUGGUGACAAAGUCAAAUCUCCUUCUCCACUAGAGGAAGGCACUUCAGAAAAUAGAACUGAUGAUGAGAAAAAAAUUGCAGAGAUGAAAGCUCAGAACACAGAACAAGGUGAUUUUAGUACUCGAGCAGUUGGCAAGCAGGAAGGCCAGGAAGCUGACUAUGCUAAAACAGGUAGCACUGUUGAUACGCUAUCUGACAUCGCAGCGAGUAUGCCUGAAGGUCUUACUCCUGAUCUAGUACAAGAAGCAUAUGAAAGUGAAAUGCAUGAUGUGGCAUGUGCCAAACUUGCUUAUGAAACAAAGAUUGAUUUAGUUCAAACCUCCGAGUCAGUACAAGAGACUCUGAAACCUGUGACGCAGCUCUGUCCCUCAUUUGAAGGGUCGGAAGCUGCUCCAUCACCAGUAUUGCCUGAUAUUGUCAUGGAAGCCCCGCUAAGCAGUGGGACUGCUGGUACAGAAACAUCUACUGUGCAGCUUGAAGCUUCCCCAUUAGAAACAUUUAUUCCUACUGCUAAUUAUGAGAAUGUAAAGCAAGAGGCAGAAAAACCUCCAUUAUACCAAGAAGCAGUGAAUGUACCAUUGACACAGGCCCAAGAAGCAAAAGAGGAAUUGACACUUAAACCUGAUCGUGAGAGUAGUGCCAGUCCUGAAGAUACAGAGACUCCAUAUAUAUCUAUCGCAUGUGACUUAAUUAAGGAAACAAAGGUCUCUGGUGAAUCUGCUUCUGCAUCUUUAACAGAUUAUUCAAAGAUGCCAGUAACAGAAUGCAUUUCUCAGGAUGUGCCUGAACACAAGGAAUUUGUUGAAAAACUGUCUUCACAGUUAGGAAAAACUGACUUGUUUAAUAGUGAGGUGAUAUCUGACUUUCCUGAGAAAGAAAGUGAAGAGCAGUCUCUCAUCUUAAAAAGUAAAUCAACUGAGAGCAUUGUAACUGAUGAUGAACAUGAAGAACAACUUGUAGAUUCAGUAGCUGCCCCAGGCAAGCCUUAUCUGGAGUCUUUCCAAGCCGAACUGGACUCUUCCAAAAUUGUGGACACGCAGCCAUCUGAGCCAACACCUACAAAAAUAGCUAAGGCAGAGAAGAUUCCCCUUCAAAUGGAAGAGCUGAAUGCAAUGACUUACUCAGCUGAUGUAUCUGUUGCUACAGAAUCAAAAACAGGAGACAGCAAAGGUCUCUCAUCUGUGGAGUCUUCCCCAGUCUCAGUAGCAGAAGACUUUGUGAUGCUAGUUGAUCCUAAAACUGCUCCCGAAUUUGUGGCAGAAGUUGCUGACAGAGAAAUAAUGCACAAAGAUGAAAGUGAAGGUAUCAAUAAUGAGAUCAAAGAUGAGAAGAGGCAGUUGCCUUGCCCAGAGCUACCCUGUGAUCUGUCUAUAAAGAAUGUAGAAGUUAAAGCUGAAGAAGAUGCUCGUGUCUUGAAAAAGUACUUGGAGGCAGUGGACAGAGAAGUGCCUGAAGUAUCCAUGUUGUCCUUACCAGCCACAGAUACCUUACCUGUAUCCACUGAAAAAGAGAUAGUCAGUGUAGUAAAACCAGAAGCUUUUGAGAAGGAAGCUGAGAGAGAAGCUGCUUCAAUUAAAGAAAAGGAAAAGCCUACUGCUGUGUUUUCAGCAAAACUGAAUAAAUCUUCAGGGCUGGACUCACUGUCUUCAGGUUUCUCCUUCAGUUCUCCUGCUGGUGAUCUGUUGAUGCAGAAAUAAGUCACUACUCACUGCAAGCUCUUCUGUGAUUGUCUGCAGGCUGGGCAUUAGAUGGCCUUCCAAAUCUGCUCUUACUACAUGAUAGUAAGCCAAACGCAGUGUCUCGGUCUGCUCCAUGUGCACAAUUUGAAGGGCAUUUUUCUUUUUAUACAGAAUUCAGGUAAUCAUCAGACUUUGAAAUUUAGGAGAAUAUCAUUUCUGCUGUGAUAUGUACAACUUGUGUCUGGAAUAUGGAAAAGAAACUGUACAGCUCCACUCAACAUGACUUGCAGCUUUUAUUAGAUCAAGGCCAGAGGUUUAAAAUAAAUAGCACACAUGAGGGAGUUACUUGUUCAGGUUAGUAGGAAAGUGGCCAGUAAGAAGUUCAGUAUCCUGCAAACAUUAAAAUUGGUUUACAUACAGCACAGAUGAUAGCUUUCAUGUAGGACUUGCAUUUCAAUGUAGUUAAUAUUUCAGCUGGUGAUGUGGUAAUUAAAGUAGCAGAGAAUUAAGAAAGGAUAAGACUGCUGUCAAUUUCCCUUGCAUUCUACACUGAAUGGAUUGUGAAGCUCCAGCUUCUUGUAGACCAGAGGAGUACUUUGCUUUCUGAUGUCACAGUACUCUGCUGCUGCUUUACAGUCUAGCACCAGAAGCUUUCCCACUAAAACCUAUUACUGCAGAAAGCACAAUUAAUUUUUUUCUAAUAAAAUCAAAUGUUUGGACAAAAAGUCUUCAUGCAAAAAUGUUAGUGAAGAGAUUAAAACCAACAAACAAAAAGAAACCCUGAAUGUUACAUGUAUAUAUUUGAGCUUUUUUGUUAGUUCUUUUAACAGGAAGUCUUUGGGUCUGACAAGGACACAGCUGUUGCUGUUCUGUCUGUAUGAAACUGCCGGGGAAGCUGCGCAUAAAGGAGAGAAGGGAGUUGAAGACUGUCUGCGUUCUCCUGUCUAGUGGCAUGGUGCUGUGACAGGGCACCCAUCUGUCCUGCAGUUAUGUUAGCUGAGGGGCAGGAGCUGGGCCAGGCGUGGGGCUUGGAACUGCGGAACUGUCUGCAGUCUCUGUCAGUGGUUGUAUUCACCCUAUAAAGCAGUUGUACUUUUUGACAUGCUGUAUUAUUUGGGAAGAAAAAAUAUUUUUCUGCCUUAUUAUAGAGGAACAUUUUCUUAAAGUUAAACAGAUGAGAAUAUGAAAAAAAUGAUGAUUUUCAUUUCUAGAUUUUUGCUUGCUAUUUAAAGUGUGUGCUGUUUUUUGCUCAUGUUUGCUGUAUUAUAGAACAUGGAACUGGGCUUCUGGGACCUGCCUCAAGAUUCUGACCACAAGCCUUGAAUAAAAUUUGAUUUUAAUACCAAAUUACUUAAGCACAAAGUAGGAGGCAGAGUAACAAACCAAAGAACACUUAGUUGCUUUCCACCCUUUCAGAAAGGAAGGUGGUAAUUCACAGGGCCAAGAGAGGAUCUGUGUGUGUGUUUGUGCUUCUGAGUCUAGCUUUAUUGUGAUGCUCUCAAAUACUUACCAGUCCUGUUUGUUGAAAGCUGACUGAAAUGCAAGCAUACCUCUGUGCAUGUGCAGUUGUAACUUCUGACUGUCCCAGUGGACUGCAGGGAGCCAACAGCAACCCAAAAAUGAUUGCAGAUUUUGUUUUUAAUAAAAACCAUCACUCCAGUAAAGCAUGCAAAGCUUUUAACAGUCUCACUGGUAGCACUGGAUUUGUUUAAUGCUGCCUGGCAGAGCUGUGGGUUGCCUGUUGUGUUCUGUAAUGGUGUCAGACCACAGGGGCCUUGUACUUCAUGGGGGCGCAGAUUUAAAAAAAAAUUGCCAAAAGUAAUUCAGAACUAAACUAUAAAGAAGCCUAUCUCCAUUUAAGACAUUGCUACUUAUAGUAGUUUCAAUGGCAAAGACCACUCCUUUUCCUCUGCAACACCAGUGCCUAUGACUGUUGAACACUUGAGUGUCACCUUAAGAGAUCAUGACAAGCGUGGGCUUUUUUUUGCCUUAAUUUUUCAAUUUGGGCUGUAUUAGCUUUGUAGCGGAUAACCCUGCUGCUUCGCUCUCAUGCUUCCGACUGGACUUUAAAACCUGUAUGUUCCAUCUCCAUAAAACUGCUGUGCCUUCAGAGGGGCCCUUCCCUCCUUGUUCCGAUGCUGCCGCCCAGUGCCCCAGCAGGCACAGUUGCAGCUUCUGUCAGGCCUUGUUUCUGUGGGGUGUGUGUAUGGCUGUGGUGCAGUGGGGGCUAUGGGCAGUCAUUUUACAGCAUGUUCGUUAAAGAGGGCUUUGAUGCCAUCUAGUGUUUGUAAAGGAACAGGAGCUCAAUAUGACUUCCAGAGGACUGUAUUCAAGGUUUUGAGAAAUUCUGACAUGUUGAAGUUCACUUAAUAUUCACAUGGAACCUGUUACAAAUCUUAGCCCUUUUGUGUGCAGACUUUCUUUACUCUAACACCUAUUUACUUCCGGAUAGAGGCAGUUAGUUCGCAUGAAUAUGCUAGAAAAACACCGUUCCAUAACCUUUUUUUGAUGCAUGGCACACAGAGUUUUUUAUUUUACCAAAUUGCAAACUCAAAGUAUGCCGUAGUGUCCCCAAAACCUAAACUCGUGUUCGUGACGUCUAGUUGCGUACCUCAGUGUAACUACGUAAGCAGUUUAAAUUACUCAGACUGUUUGUGCUAAGCGUUGCAGGAAGUUAAGAAAUGGCUUUGAGAAGUCAACUAUCAGGCAGUCAGUUUCACAGGAAACCCAUGUUUCAUGGUGCUUUUGAAAAAUUGUUCUCUGCAGAUGUGUUUGGAUAUGCUGGGGUUAACACUAGAUUGUACAGGCUUACAGAGCUCUCACUUGUGCGUGCUAACGGUGCUCGGUACUUGAAUUACAGAAAUACAGCAAAGUACUGAUACCUUAUAUAUUUCAUAUCUUUUUGAGGGGGUAUAUUCAUUGUGCUUUGAGAGGGUAGCUGAGUGGUAAUCGUGGCAAAGCUUGUCUUUUUACUCCCAGACUGUAAGGGCAGAAAUAAAAUACAUCCUGUGGUUCUGCAACAGCAAACCAGGUCGUUGCUGUUACAUGAAGUGUAAAAGAAAUUAGAAAUGCUGUCUUACACCAGCACUGCAUCCACUUGGUUCAUUUCUGUUUCAUAUUUGUAGCUCACUUAAGUAGAGCCAUUCAGCAGAUGGGAAGCAUUGGUUUUGUUUUUUGUUUGACUGAGGGAAAAAUACCCUAGAAUGCCUCUGAUCAGUUUCCUUCAGGAGCAGGUUAUUUGUAAAAUACCAUUUAAUUCAACAUAAAAUCAUGAUUUACUUUCACCUGGUUAUAUUUUUAGAUUAUUUGGCUCUUGAGGGCAUCAUAAAUAGAGACUUCUCUUCCAGUGCAGAGACUCCAGGGAGGAGCAGGAAGAAUUAAAAGCAAAA